AUGACCCCUCAGGAGACUAAAGUGAAGCCAGAAGGGAAGCUUGCAAAUGAAGGGGUGACAAAGCCAAGCCUAAAAGGACCAAAUGAAGAUGAAAAAUUCAUAGGAUAUUUUUAUUUUAAACACAAACUCAAAGGAUAUUUUCACAAGAAACCAAUUUAUUAUAAGCCCAUCCCAACCUAUACGCCAUUCCACAAAACAACCAUAGUGGACAAACCUAGCCCCUGUGUUGUUGAACCAGAAUCAUUUCUCAAGCAUAAGCAUUAUUUCUUCAAAAAGCCUAUUAUUCCCAUUGUUAAACAUGUUUAUGUUCCAAUUUAUAAGCCAGUUCCAAAGGCGAUUCCAAUUUACAAACCUAUUUCAAAGGUGAUUCCAAUUUACAAACCUAUUCCAAAGGUGAUUCCAAUUGUUAAGCCAUUUCAUUAA